UCUCCAUUAAUUCAUGCGAACAGUUCAUAGCUUAUACCAGAUUAAAAAUUUAUAGACUGUAAAAAUAAUAACAUUUGUUUCUAAAAAUAUUUUUGUUAAUAAUAACAAAUGGCUGCCUGUAUUCAUGAGAGUUAUAACCUUUUACCAUGAAAAAUUACUUUGGGAUGAUAUCAAAACACCAAGUAGGAAGUCCUUUAUUUAACAGUUCCUAAUAUAUUUAUACUAUAUAUCUUGAUAUUAGACCAAUGAUAUUUGAAAAAAAAUACUUUGCUUAUUAGUGGGAGUAAAACACCUUUUCACUUUACAUGCAGGUACUCAAAAAAUUGUAAAGCAGGAUGUCAGUGAAUUUGAAUUCUCAACGUCAGUUUGAAUAUGGUAACAUGUUUAGUAUAUAAAUAUUUGUCCUUCAAACAAUACAAUUGGUAUUUUUAACUGAUAUGGAUGAUUUUAUAAAGACCUUCAAAGUCUCUCAUCUAGUGUUAGGUUACUUAUUAGGACAGUGUAUCAUCAAGCUGAUUUUAGAAACAAAUAAUUAACUAGUGGUGAUUAUAUUUCUUUUCACAUAUGAGUAAUAGUGUGGUUAGAAAAAUUCAAAGCUGAGCGAGGUAGCUCAUGUGUUUAAUCCCAGCACUUUGGAGGCAGAGGCAAGUGGAUCUCUGAGUUCUAGGCCAGCCUGGUCUACAUGGCAAGUUCUAGGACAGCCAGGGCUACACAAUGAGACAUCUCAGAAAAUUAAAAAAAAAAAAAAAAUCCAGUUUGCAUUUUAGUUAUCACUUACAUUAAAAAUCCUUACAUAUACCAUGAUUGACAUCAAAUAGUCCAUUUUUUCAUACCUUUGAGUUUUGUUUGAAUUGGAAAUGUAUAAUAGUUGACCAUAUGCUUAUUUUCUCUUCCAUUUUGCUAUUUUAUGAAAAAAAUCAUGGUCGUUUUUAUGUCGUGGCAAGAGUCUACUUGAAAUUUCUUAAUAUGAAUUUAUCCAAAUCAGAGGAAGACACUGAGGACUAUGUCUAGGAAGAUCAUCUAUGUUGGGCCCCACUUUUAGACUUAAGCUUGCUGCCUCUGGCGAUGUCCAAACUUACCAGAUUCGCACAGCACCCACUAGCACCAUUGCCCCUGGGGUUGUUAUGGCUUCCUCCCCAGCUCUCCCCACACAGCCUGCCGAAGAAGCAGCACGGAAGAGAGAGGUUCGUCUAAUGAAGAACAGGGAAGCAGCAAGAGAAUGUCGUAGAAAGAAGAAAGAAUAUGUGAAAUGUUUAGAAAACAGAGUGGCAGUGCUUGAAAACCAAAACAAGACAUUGAUUGAGGAGCUAAAAGCACUUAAGGACCUUUACUGCCACAAAUCAGAUUAAUUUGAGAUUUAAAUUUUCACCUGUUUUGGUGGAAAAUGGACUGGAUUGGCCACAGCCAGAAAGACAAAAUAAACAUUUAUUUUCUAAACAUUUCUUUUUUUCUAUGCGCAAAACUGCCUGAAAGCAACUACAGAAUUUCAUUCGUUUCUGCUUUUGCAUUAAACUGUGAACGCUCCAACAACUACUUCACUUCUCCCUCAAGAAACGUGCAGCACCAGGAAUCACCAAGAGACGUCUGCCCCGUCUACAUCCUCAAGAAGUAAUCAUUUGUUUAUUUGUACAUUGUCGGGGGAAAUGAGGAAAAUGAAAUCUUGGCUUUUUUAAUUUUUGUUUUAGGUUUGUUUUGUUGUUUUUCUUUUUAAUGACUUCAAGGUUUGUGCUGAGCUCCAUAGUUGCCUUAGGCACAAAGUUACCUAGCCUCUUGAGCUGCAGUAAUGAAUGGGACGCAUGAGGAAGUAAGCAAGGUGCAAUGACGAAGCGUUGAUUGCCAAAUUGAUGCUUUUACAUUUUCAUUGUGAAUUAUGUAAAACUGUUCAGAGACAUGCCCUCUAAAUAAGGAUCUUAGUUCAGUGUUGAGGAGUAAACUAUGUAUGUUCUUUUUUCAAUACUGACUGAAAGUUGUCCUUGGUUCUGAGAAACAUUCUGUAUUAGCCACAGCUUUUAUGUAGGGCAGUUGUUGCUUCUUAAUUCAGUUCUGUGUGUUCAGCAAUUUGAAUACAUUAAAAGAAGUAACCAACUGAAUGAAAAGCAUGGUAUUUGAAUUUUGAGUUAAGUUAAAAUCAAAGAAUAAAGCUUAUUUUGGCUACUAUUAAAUCGUAGUGAGCAGGUGCUGGCCAGGAAGCCAGCUUCUUGAGUUAUAUAUAUAACAAGGUUUUUAAUAAAUAAAAGCUUUUUUCCUUGCUUUCAAAAAUCCUUACAUUGUCACUCAUUUACCCGAAAAGCUAUUUCUGGUUCACUGUUGCAUUUGCGUUGUGCCACCAACAGUUUUCAAGAUGUCCAAGUAGAGUACUAAAUUGACAGCCUUUUCCACGUUCACGUACUUUAUCAGAAAAUCUCUUGCAAUUUUUUUUAAAUGAAAGAAGUUACAAGGAUGUAAUUCUAAAACAUGUGUUAAA